CUGGGAGUGUGACGUGUAGGACCUCCUCCUCCGACACACAGCAGCAGUAAUGGCGGAGUACGACAGCUACGAUGAGCGGGACCGGGCCUACGGCAGCUUCGGCGGCAGAGGGCCCCGUGGCGGCGGCGGCCCCGGAGGCGCCAGGAAGCAGAAAGAGCUGCCGUCGGAGCCUCCGUUCACGGCGUACGUGGGAAACCUGCCGUUCAACACGGUGCAGGGCGACAUCGACAUCAUCUUCAAAGAGCUCAACAUCCGCAGCGUCCGAUUGGUCAGAGACAAAGAGACAGACAAGUUCAAAGGUUUUUGUUAUGUUGAGUUUGAAGAUUUGGAAUCUCUAAAAGAAGCUUUGACGUACGACGGCGCUCUGCUCGGUGAGCGAACGCUGAGGGUCGACAUCGCAGAGGGGCGGAGACAAGAGCGAGGGGCCGGCGGCUUCGGCUUCAGGAAAGACGAGGGCAGAGGACGAGGAGGUUCUCGAGGAGCUCCCAGAGGAGGAGGAGGAGGAGGAGGAGGACGAGACUCCCGUGAGGACUUCUACGACCAGCCAGGAGGAGGUGCGGUCAGAGAUUCAGCAGAUGCCAGUUUUAGAGACGACGACUACAUGGGGGGGCGGAGUCGAGGCGGAGGCAGUCGCCCUGGUGACAGAAGGGGAGGAGCUGCAGGGGUGGGUCGCUUUAGAGACGGACCCCCCCCUCGCGGAGGAACGACAGACUUCAGGGAACCGUCUGAAGAGGAGCGUGCACAGCGGCCUCGGCUGCAGCUGAAGCCUCGCACCGUCUCCGAGCCGCUCAACCAGGUCGCCAACCCCAACUCGGCCAUCUUCGGCGGGGCGAAGCCGCGAGAGGAAGUGAUCACCAGAGAAAAACCAUAAGAGACUGACGGCCGCCGGGCCGGGGGGCGGGGAGCCGGGGAGGGAGGGGAGCGAACGGAUAGAGAACUUUAACGAAACGCCAACCGGAUGAUUCAAACGCCACAGCUAGCAUUCCUUCCUGACAGACAGACAGACAGACAGCGAACGAGCGAGCGGACGCCGCCCUCCUCUUCUUCUUCUUCUUCUUCUUCUUCUUCUUCUUCUCCUUCUUCUUCUUGCUGUUUGAGUUCAGAAUAUUUAUUCUUAGUGGAAUAAAGCUGAAACACUCUGAUCAAUAAUAAACCUGUAACACAAACGCAGCGAGCAGCUCGUCAAUGCAUGUUUGGGUUCCUCUGCCCCGCCCCCUCACUCACCUCCACCUCCGCUUACUGUGAUGUCACAUCUGCUUUGUGCUGUAGCCCCGCCCCCUCCCAUCAGAGGUCACACCUGUAAAGUCCUUCAGUUUUUUUCUUUUUGGCAUUUGUAGCUGCAGCCCCGCCCCCUCACCCUGAUUGGUCGAGCAGAAGCCAAAUGCUUUUUUUUUUAUCUGCUGUCGCUCGUUUCCAUGGUGACUCAUCAAUCUGUUCACGUUUGGUCCUGAAAUCUUCUGUGUUUCUGUUACCUGCUCGUCACUGUGAGGGGGCGGGGCUACACCUGCAGCUCUGAGCAGGCCCCGCCCCCUCAGGUGUACCUACAGCACCUGAUGGAUUCUUAAAAUAAACUAGCUGUAGAGUGAUGACACUCUCCUUCCUGCUCCCAUGAUGCACUGCUGCUGGUCGACUCACCUGUUCAGGUGAAGCUGCGUUCCCUGUCGGCUGAUGAAAGGCUGCGUUCAGGUCCUGUGAAGAAAAAAGGGAAAAACUGUUUACAAACACCCACCAUUGGAAAUCAACCUCGAAAAAUAAUCAGUUCAUUGAUGGUUAAAAGCUUUUAUUUUCCGACAGACCCUGAACGCAGCACAGCUCAGAGGGCGUCUGAGGUGAGGGGCGUGGCCUGCAGCUCCAGCUCCUGAUUGGCCGGCUCGGGCUGAUAGUUGGUUGUCAUGCAGCGUUUUUCUGUCCUGUUCAAUCAGAUUUAAAGAUGUGAUGUCAUCCACUAAGCUCUCCUCUGAUUGGUCCGCUGAUCCACACUGAAAACUUCUGAAAACGUUCCCGUCUCUUUCUUCGACGUGAUCGUGUGUUUUCAAGAUAACUCACAAACUUCCCCCAAAAAAUUAGCUACAAAUAACAGAAGGAAGACAACUUUUGUUUUUUACUUCCGAUGUGGAAAAAUCUUCAUAAUUUACAGAUAAAAAGCUGAUUUUCAGUAAAUUAUGAGGAAAGUCUCAACCAAAUUAGUGCUGUUUGAAUCUCCAGCAGAAGGUGGCGCUAACGCACCUUUUUGUACGUGUCAGAUUAACAGCAGAGUCAUGGAGGGAAACAACAGAUGGAAAAUUUAAAAAGAAUACAGGAAAGGAAGGUGGAAGAAGGUCCAGUCUUCCUUUUGUUCUUGAUUCAUUUUAUCGUCUAUUUAUUGAUCAUUGACUUUUUUUUUCUAUUUUUCGUCUGUUUGUCCCUCCAGCUUAAAAUCAGAAAAUUCAGACAAAAACUUUGGAAACAGUCCAUGAAAAAUGUUUGGGAGACGAAUGAAGAAGGAUUAAAAUGUGUUUCUCCUCGUUUGAUUUUUGGUCCUGGUCUCUCUAAACCUCGGACCUGCUCCUUGGUCCUGGUCUCUCUAAACCUCGGACCUGAUCCUUGGUCCUCCGUCGGUGCGUUUAAAGAAGAAGACGUGUUUGCUGUCAGGUUGUUUCAGUGUGGAUCAGAGUCCAGAUGAAGAACUGUAAAGUUUGGGUUUGAAGGUCAAACUGUAAAGUCUUUUUUUCUUUGGGUUUCUCACCUGAUGUGGAGCGGACACCUGGCCAGGUGGGUCAGGACCAGGAUCAGGUCUGCAGUGUUUCGCUGGUUUUGCUCUGCGUCACUUCCAGAAUGUAGUUUUGUUUCUUGGAAUAAAAACAUCUGUUUUAACCUUUA